AUGUUUUAGUCCAUGAUUAUUUUUAAUAAGAUAAUAUAAAUGAUGCAUUAUAGAUCCUUAUUCCGAUUUUCCCAUUAUCCUGUUCUCCAAUCUUUAUGUGAUCGAGCUGAUCCCAGUCUAUUAGCCAAUUUUGAGUUGAUGAAACAAAGCAAUGAGAGAUUCCUGAAUAUCACCAACAAGGUGAUCAAUUAUGGUGGGACAGUGGCUCAUCAAAAAUUGGCAGAGAGAAACAAAUUUCCUGUCAGAGAAAGAAUCACCAGAUUAUUGGACGUAGGAUCUCCAUUCUUGGAAUUAUCUUAAUUAGCAGGAUAUGAAUUAUACGGAAAGGAAGAAGUACCAAGUGGAGGAAUCGUAACUGGCAUAGGAUUAAUUAAUAAGAGAUUCUGUAUGAUAGUGGCAAAUGAUCCAACAAUAAAGGGAGGCACCUAUUAUCCGAUUACAGUGAAGAAGCAUGUCAGAGCCUAAGAGAUCGCUUGGGAAAAUAAAUUGCCAUGUGUCUAUUUGGUAGAUUCUGGUGGUGCUAACUUGAUGCGAUAAGACGAAGUAUUCCCAGACAGAGAUCACUUUGGUCGAAUCUUUUAUAAUCAAGCCAAUAUGUCUGCAUAAGGCAUUCCUUAAAUCAGUAUAGUGCUUGGUUCAUGUACAGCUGGAGGUGCUUAUGUCCCUGCAAUGAGUGAUGAGAAUGUCAUUGUAAGUGGAAAUGGAACCAUCUUUUUAGGAGGUCCUCCUUUAGUGAAAGCAGCCACUGGUGAAGUGGUAUCUGCAGAAGACUUAGGAGGAGCUAGAGUGCAUAGUUUCACUAGUGGAUUGACUGAUCACUUUUGCACUUCUGAAUUAGAAGCUUUAUAAAAAGGUAGAUCCAUCAUUAAGAAUCUAACAACUAAAUAAGUAGGUGAUAUUAGAGAUGACUAACCACUCUAUGAUAUCGAGGAUCUAAAUUAUUUGAUGAGCAGUGAUCUCAAAAAGACUAUGGAUAGUCGUCAUCUUAUUGCACGCAUUUUAGAUGGAUCAAGAUUUAUGGAAUUUAAGGAGAAUUAUGGUACUACACUUAUUACAGGAUUUGGGGAAUUGUAUGGCUAAGAGGUAGGAAUUAUAGCAAAUAAUGGAAUCUUGUUCAGUGAAUCAGCCUUAAAAGGAGCACACUUUGUGAGCUUAUGCUAAUAAAGAGGAGUGCCUUUGAUUUUCUUGUAAAAUAUUACAGGAUUUAUGGUGGGUCGAAAAUAUGAGACAGAAGGCAUUGCUAAACAUGGAGCCAAAAUGGUUAAUGCUGUGGCUACUGCAACUGUUCCCAAAUUGACUUUACUUUUUGGUGGAAGCUUUGGAGCUGGUAACUAUGGUAUGUGUGGAAGGGCUUAUGGAGCCAAGUUCCUUUUCUCAUGGCCCAGUAGUAGAAUCUCAGUUAUGGGAGGUGAUUAGGCAGCGGGAGUCUUAACAUCUGUAUAAUAAUAAACCAUCGUUAGAAAUGGCGGGGAGUGGAAUGAAAAGGUCGAGAAAGAUUUAAAAUAGAAAUAUACCUAAAAAUACGACUAUGAAUCUAGUGCGUAUUAUGCAACUGCUCGAUUAUGGGAUGAUGGAAUCAUUUUACCAACUUAGACAAGACAAACAUUAGGAUUGGCACUUUUAACUAGCAUGCAACAUUAUAAUUACGAAAGAACAGGUCAUGGGGUUUUUAGAAUGUGA